CUUUUGCAUUUUCAGGGGCACAUACGAUCUAUUUUCAGGCUUUCUAGUGUGGUGAAAGGGUCGGCAAGGAGUUUGCGGCAAUUGAGCGACGGCAUCAACUCUCAUCUGCGAGCCCUUAACACAAUGGCAACCACCCAGGAGAUUGCGGAUGGAAUGCUCAUAUCCCUGGUGUCCUCCAAACUGGAUAAGCAUACCCAGGAGAAGUGGGAAGAGGGAUUGCCUACCAAUAAGCUGCUAAAAUGGACGGAUAUGGCUGCCUUUUUGGAGAAGAGAUGUCGGAUGAUGGAAAACAUUGAAAAUGCUAUGGUAACCCACACACCUAGCAACCAGAAUCGCGCAGAUUCAAGAAAGGACCAAGGAUAUGGCUUGGCAUCAUAUAUCGACCCACUACAACCCGGCUGUCAUAUUAUCCAGAGGAUGUACUCCGCUCGAACUUUUGGAUUCGACGCUGUGGCGUGAGGGCCCACCAUUCCUGCGGACAGACGAAGCUUGCUGGCCGCCUCAUACGCCUACUCUAGUAGAUGUGCCUGAACGCCGCCGCCUCGCGCUGGUGCUGACGCAAAGCCAGGAUAUUUCGUAUGGCUGCAAGUUUCAAAAUUGUUUUGGAAAGCUGCAGCGAGUCUUUGGCUACAUACAUCGGUUCCUAAUGCUAAAAGCCAAGGAUGAGCCACGACGGCGAGGACCUCUUACAGUAGACGACAUCAAGGGAGGCACGCAUCUGCUCAUCAAGGGAAUCCAGCUCAUCAACUUUGCUGAGGAGUAUAAGGCCCUG